UCGGGAGCGAUCGAAUCCGGCCAGGCAGCCAAUGAGAGCAGCCGGAGCGAAUUUUAAACUGGCGGUGAGAGCCAUCGGACACUCGUGCAUCAAACGGAGGCAGGAAGGCCGGCGGGCGGUUGUGAGAAGCUAGUGCUGCAGGAAGCGAAAGCCGGAGCCAUGGCGUUGCGGGUCACUCGGAACACAAAAGUCAACCUGGAGAACAAAACCAAGCCCGGAAUGGCAGCCACCAAGCAGGUGAUCGGGAUUGCCAAGCCCACCUUGAGGUCUAGGACUGCCUUGGGAGACAUUGGCAACAAGGCCUGCGAAGCAAAGCCCAGGGAUGCUGCCAAAAAGGAAACACUAAAUCCUGCAGUUGUGGAGAAAGUUACCAUUCGAAAAACCACAAGACCAGUUGAAAAGACAGUUCUGCCCGUAAAGGAAGAAAAGCCAGUCCCAGAACCUGUUCAGGUGAGGUCUCCCUCCCCUAGCCCAAUGGAGACUUCUGUUUCUGAACCAUCGGAGGAGAUCCUGUGCCAGGCUUUCUCCGAUGUUCUGCUGGAAGUGAACGAUGUCGACACGGAAGAUGCUUGCGACCCAAACCUCUGCAGUGAAUAUGUGAAGGAUAUCUACAUCUAUCUGAAAGACCUUGAGGGUUCGCAGGCAGUGAGACCAAACUACUUGGUAGGCCAGGAAGUCACCGGAAACAUGAGGGCAAUCCUAAUUGACUGGCUUGUGCAGGUCCAAAUGAAGUUCAAGCUCUUGCAAGAGACCUUGUACAUGACUGUUGCCAUCAUUGAUCGUUUUCUGCAGGACAACAAAGUAGCUAAGCGGAUGCUGCAGCUGGUUGGUGUAACAGCCAUGCUUGUUGCCAGCAAAUAUGAAGAAAUGUAUCCUCCAGAGAUUGGUGACUUUGCCUUUGUGACUGAUCAGACUUACACCAAACUCCAGAUCAGACAGAUGGAGAUGAAGAUCCUGAAAUCUCUUGAUUUCAACCUUGGCCGCCCUCUUCCCCUGCACUUUCUGCGGAGGAUCUCAAAAAUUGCAGAGGCAGAUGUACAACAACACGUACUGGCAAAAUACCUGAUGGAACUCUCACUGGUGGAUUAUGAAAUGGUACACUACCCUCCUUCUCAGAUUGCUGCUGCAGCCUUUUGCUUAUCCUCUAGAGUUCUUGAAGAAGGGGAGUGGACACCAACUCUGGAACACUACAUGUGUUAUGCCGAGCAUAAUCUUGUUCCUGUUAUGCAGCAUAUGGCCAGGAACAUAGUGUUGGUAAACAAAGGCCUUACAAAGCACAUGACUGUCAAGAACAAGUACGCCAGCAGCAAGCAUGCGAAGAUUAGCCUCCUUCCUGCCCUCAACUCUGAAGUCGUACAGAACCUGGCUAAACCACUACUGAAAUGAAUCUGAUUGAACUGUUGGGCAGAGUUGACACCAUGUGUCGCUAGUGUGUGUAUAUGUAAAUGCUUUCAUUUAAAGCUUUUAAUAAACUUUCCCUUUUACUUUUACAACUUUGUCAUGACUAAAUGGGAGGGUGGAACUUUCAAAUACUGUAUAAAUUAAUAGUUUGUGUAUUAGGUUGCUAUCUUAAUAAAUGAGUUAAAAUAAAUCCUUCGUGAGAGUGAAGAACUGCUUGCCCAAGAUACAAAAAUAUGCUGUGGGAUUGUGUUGCCUUAAAUGUUUACCAUGCCAGCUGGAUAGGUUUUAAGUUGUUUCUUUUACAACAAGGAAACUUUCAAGAACAGUCCUACUGCUUCCAAUAGAUCACUCCAGCUUUCCCUUUUUGCUUAAAAUUCAUUGCAUUGGUCACAUUGCAUACCAAUGUUGAAACCAAAUAAUCUAAGUAACAUGUAACAUCAGAUGAGAUGUACUUAAAUUUGCUUAUAUAGAUCUGUUGCUACUGCCCAGGACUUCAAACCACCGUUCCUUCUUUUUCAUUGUAAAGCACCAUCCUUGAGCUAAACAAAACAACUGAAAUGGACAGCUCUUGUGUCUAACUGGGCCUUUCCACUAUUGACUUUUGUUUAAUAAAUGUUCCUAAUAUUCUGCAAAUUGCCUUCUUUAUGGAAUGAUAGGGUCAUACAUAGAUAUCAAUGCUGCUUUUUGAACUGAAUACAGGAAUCUCCCCAAAAUGGCGGACUGUAUGUGAACAUGUAUAGCAGUAACAUAAUUUCAGAGCAAAGAUCAGUGGGUGCAAACUUCCCCUGAGUUGUUACUACAACCUGUUAAGGAAUAAUCUUCUGAGUUCAUAGUUUUAAAUGGUAAAAUAUAAAGUCAACAGUUUUAAUAUGGGUUGGUAAGCGAAGGCAUCUUUUGGCACCUUUGAGAAUAAAAGCAGAUGGUAUCUUUGUAAAA